AUGUGCUCCAGCGGCUGGUCGACGCCAGGAGAGCCACGUGGCACGUCAGGGACGGAGUGGUGUGAGAGUGAGUGGUGUGAGGGUGAGUGGUGUGAGAGUGAGAGUGAGUGGUGUGAGAGUGAGUGGUGUGAGAGUGAGCGGUGUGAGAGUGAGCAGUGUGAGAGUGAGCGGUGUGAGAGUGAGUGGUAUGAGAAAGCCGACCCCAGGGGCGUAUCCCCUUAUGCAGUCCGAGGGGCCGGACGGAGCCCUGCCUCACUGCAGGAGAGCUUGACACAGCCCCUACCACGUCUCACCCCGUCCCUCCUCGUGCUCUUCCUUCCCGUCGUCCGUCGGUCCCCCGUUUUCAGGGAAGAAGCCAUCCGCAGGGGCGUAUCCGCUUAUGAAGCCCGUGGGGCCAGACGGGGCCCUGCUCACUACACCCGGGAAGAGCUCUCUGCUGCUACGACUCACCGUGUCCCUCCUCGUCCUUCCCCGUGUCCCAUUACAGAGAAGAAGCCAUCCGCAGGGGCGUAUCCCCUCAUGAAGCCAGUGGGGCCGGACGGGGCACUGCCACACUACACCCGGGAAGAGCUUACCGCUGCCACGAGCAAUUGGACGCAGAAAAUCGGCGAAGGGGGUUUCGGGACUGUCUAUAAAGGGUACCUUCGGGGUGACAGUAGUAGCUGCAUUGGCGGCAGCAGCAGCAAUGGGAAGAGUGGCGGUGUUGGGAAUAGUGGGAGCGCUGGUGGUGGGGGGGAGGGUGGAGCAGGUGGAGAGGGGGGAGAGGGAGGGGAGGUGCUGGUUCCGGUGGCUGUGAAGAUGUGCACGAGUGGGAUCAAAGACAGCGGCAGAGAGCAGCUCAUGACGGAGGUGAUGGUGAUGACGGCAGUGCAGCAUCCGUACAUCCUCAGGCUGCUGGGGAUGGCCACUCUGGGAGAAACGCUCGCCAUGGUGUCUGAGUUUGUGCCCAACGCGGAUGUUGACCUGCUGCUGGAGCGAGUGCGCAACAGGGCGGACUCGUUUGACUGGACAGCUAGGAUGGUGCUGGCGGAGCAAGUUGGCGAGGCACUGGUGUUCAUUCACAGCAAGGGUUACAUUCACCGGGACUUCAAGGCUGCAAAUGUGCUGCUGGCAGAGGGCAUGGUUCCCAAGGUGGCGGACUUUGGAAUGGCGAGGCUGAUAGACGACUGGAAGACACAUGUCACGACGCGAGUGGGCGGCUCUCAGGGGUACAUCGACCCCAACUACUUCUCCACUGGGUUCCUCACCAACCAUUGUGACACAUAUGCCUUUGGCAUCUUCCUCCUAGAGCUCAUGUCAGGCGAAUGUGCGGAGGAGAACGGCUUUAAGGCGAUAAGAGUGGCAGCAGAAGAGCGCCUUAUACCGCUAGAGAAGCUUACGAGGGUGGUGAUGGACAAGACCAUGGCGGGGCAAUGGUCUGAGGAGCAUGUAAUGUUGGUGCUAAAGAUUUUCCGGUUGGCUGUGUGUCUCAAGAGUGGUUAG